AUGGCAUUGAGUGAGAAAAACCCUAUGGUUGUUGCCCAUAUUUUGAUUUGGAUGGUUUUGGUGUUGCUGAGUAGUAGCAUAACUGUGAGUAAUGCUACCGAGACUGAUAUAGCGUGCUUGAAAUCCAUCAAAGCUUCUCUGGUGGACCCUAACAACUACUUGAACACUACAUGGGAUUUCAACAACAAUACUGAAGGCUUCAUAUGUAGAUUUAUGGGUGUUGAAUGCUGGCAUCCUGAUGAGAACAGAGUUCUAAAUAUCCGCCUUUCAGACUUGGGUCUUAAGGGCAAGUUCCCCCUUGGCAUCAAGAACUGCACAAGCUUGACUGGCUUGGAUCUUUCGCACAACACGCUGUCUGGCUCAAUCCCUACUACUAUAUCACAGUUCAUUCCCUUUGUGACAAACCUUGAUCUCUCAUUCAACAAUUUUUCGGGGGAAAUUCCACUUAAUUUAGCAAAUUGUUCUUUCUUGAAUGAUCUCAAACUUGACAACAACCGGCUAACAGGCAACAUUCCACCGCAAUUUGGCCAGCUUGGUCGUAUCAAGGUAUUUACUGUCACCAACAAUCUCCUAUCAGGGCCAAUCCCCACAUUUUUCCAUGCUAGCAUCCCUGCUGAGAGCUUCGCAAAUAAUCUGGACCUCUGUGGAAAGCCAUUGAAAUCCUGUCCAGACAGCCGGAGGAAGUCCCAUCUUGGAGUAAUUGCUGCAGCAGCCGCUGGUGGGAUAACAUUUACAUCAAUUAUUGUUGGUAUCUUUCUGUACUAUUUGUCUCGCAGAGUGGCUAAGAAGAAGGCAGAUGAUCCUGAAGGUAACAGAUGGGCAAAGAGCAUCAAGGGAACCAAAGGCAUCAAGGCAAGUUGUCUAACUCAUCAUUUUCAUCGGAUAAAAUGGGUUUUAGCUGGCAUAGGAAUUAACUUUCUGAUCUUUUUCUGA